AUGCGACCCACUACGUCAGAUAAUGAGAACGAUCUUGCCUCCAGCCCGAUAAGAGGCCCUGCGAGCGUCCUGGGCGGUGCUAGCGGUGGUGUGACGACGGCCGGAAUCAAUCCUGGCAAACGGCGCCAUGUGUCAGUUGGUUGUUCACCAGGAAGUGCGAAUGGAGGUGAUGAGGUCGAGGGGCAGGAAGAGAAGAGGAAGCAUCCAGUCAAGAGAGCCUGCAACGAGUGCCGCCAGCAGAAGCUACGUUGUGACGUGAUUCAGGAACCAUUCACAACAUGUACCAGAUGUCGCCGUCUCAAGCUGGAUUGCAAGAUCGAAUCGAACUUCAAACGGAUUGGGAAACGGAGCAGGAAUGCGGAGAUGGAGCGUGAGCUCAUCGAGCUGAGGAAACAAAUCGCCAAUGCAAACGCAGCCGCCAAUGCGCACCAUUUUAUAUCGCAGCAUCAGUCCCCGACCCAAGCAUCACCACCGCUGUCAAUGACUUACGGCCCUGCUAUGCGGGCCGUCCCACAAAACUCGGCCCUGUUUUCGGCGGAUGAAUAUAUGAGGCCCCAUGAAGCUGUCGCAUCGCUUCUUGACCUAAGAUCAGGUUUAGAUUCCUCCAACUUCUUACGAAGUCCAAGCGGGCAAGUGGUAAUGCAAAAAAGAAUCGAGGAUGUGUCUGUCUCUCAGGAAAAAGUCGCUGACUUAUUCGGCCGAUUCUUUACGUUUUACCAUCCAUUCCUCCCUUUCCUCGAUCGAGAUAAGCUACCCGAGGACUAUUUUUCCACUUCUCCCUUACUCUUUUGGACUAUCAUUAGCGUAGGCGCUCGUCGAUAUCAAAGCGAUGCGACUCUGUUAAACUCCCUCGCUGGACCCGUCAUGAGAUUGGUGUGGAGCACCCUGGCGGAUGUCCCACAAAGCUAUCACAUUGUCAAAGCGUUGGCCUUGCUCUGCACCUGGCCUUUUCCAACGAGCAGCACGUCAACUGACCCGACUUUUAUGCUAUGUGGGAUGAUGAUGCAGAUUGCCUUGCAGAUUGGAUUGCAUCGGCCGUCCCAUGCACAAGAUUUUACCAAGUUCAGAGUAGAAUUCAGAGAAGGGGAAUUGAAGGAUAGGAUAACCACGUGGGCGAUCUGUAACAUCGUGUCCCAAAGGGUCGCAACCGGUUAUGGGCAGCCGCCUUCAACAUUAUUCGACUGGACCCUGUCUUCUGGAGAGACCAUAGACUCCACUUUUAGACUUCUCCCCGAUAUAAAAUCAAGGCUGGACAUAGAAAAGUUUUCCGACAAAGUUACAAAAGCGCUAUACAGUAGCCAUCGGGACCCCGUCGGCGUGGUUAACGACGAAGAAAGAACGGUGAUGACAUCAGUGUUAUUAAGGGACUUCGAGGACUUAGAAACCCGGCUCCAUUCUCAACAACAAGAUCCACUUACAAACAUGUAUCUUCGAGCGGCUGGACUCCAUUUGCAUUUGUCAGUUUUCUUCGAUGAUCCAACGACUAAGAACUACCUCCAAGGGCUGUCGUCGCUUUAUGUUGCAACCACGGUCUUUCUCGAGGCCGCUUUAGGCCUGGAUCACUCGGGAGGUCCCGGCCUUACAUAUAGCUCUAACUACAUUUAUCAAAUGACCCUCGCCGCUGGAUUCACCUUGCUUAAACUGUGCAAGAGUUUUUUUGCUGUUCACAUCGAUAUGGACUACACCAAGUCGCUGUUUAAUCGGACCAUCUGGGCCCUCCGCAGUAUGUCCGUUUCUAACAAUGAUCUGCCCGAGCGUUUGGCCGAAGUACUUGCACAGAUGUGGAAGAUGGGCAGCUUACCCGCCCCUCAGCAAUCCAGUAAUAAGGGUUCCGGCCAGUCAGAGAAGGAUGAUACUCUGCGAUUGAAAGUCCGUUGCCGAAUGAGCAUGUCGCUUGUCUACGACUCUGUGUGGCGUUGGAGGGAAGAUUUUCAGGCACAAGGCAAGAAUUUAGAAAAGGGAGUUGCCAAAGCAGUUAACAUCAUUUUCGCAGCCUAUCUUAAAAACCCGACAAACCCCGAUUCAGGCCCAGAUUCCUCGUCCUCUUCAGUUUCCCACCUACGAGCUUCUACUUCUACUCCAGGCGCGGUUGGGACUGCGGAUCCUAGUCUUGCACCGGCUCCGCUACCCCCAUCAACGGCGAUUGGAGGUCUUCCUCCAACGGGAGGAAAUCUUCCCGCCGUUGGUGGCUUGCCAAGCGGGUACUUAGAGCCAAUGUACGAAGUUUUUGAUCCAUUGAACUGGAUCUUGGAUGGUUUAGUAGAUUUUCCAACCUCCUACAAUUCUGUCCAGGGGAUAGAAGCCUAG